CGCGUCGGAGCUAAACCGCUGCUGUGUUGUUCAACUCGGCUCGUACCGGUCCGAUUCGAACGCAGAAACCACGACCCGGGUUCUGACCGAGCAUCUGUUUCGGUUUCGGACAUCGUAUUUGGGCCAAAUUCUGCUGGCCCAAUGACUGUUGUGGGCCUGAGAUUGAGUUACUGCCACGGCCCAUUUCCCGCUCCACUGUGCCCCCGCCGAACGGGAGGUAUCUCGGCGGCUUCCCUUCCGAGCCGGGAAUUCUAAAAUCACAAAUCAGAAGCAAAGGAAAGGUUAAAUCGUUAGAAUACAACUCUUCCUGUAGAAAUUCCUGCUCUGGGUCUUGCUAGAUUGAGAAGGACGAAGGGGAGGCAUUCUUCUUCAGCUUUCUGGGUUCAGUGCCGGAGUAAACAGAGGAUAGGAAGAUGGUGAGGCUCACCGCCGACUUGAUUUGGAAGAGCCCUCAUUUUUUCAACGCCAUCAAGGAGCGUGAAUUGGAUCUUCGAGGUAACAAGAUCCCUGUCAUUGAGAAUUUGGGUGCUACCGAGGACCAAUUUGAUACAGUUGACUUGUCUGAUAAUGAGAUUGUCAAGCUGGAAAACCUGCCAUUUCUUAAUCGCUUGGGCACUUUGCUUCUGAAUAACAACAGGAUUACUCGUAUUAGCGCUAGAAUCGGAGAGUUCUUGCCGAAACUGCAUUCAUUAGUUCUGACAAACAACAGACUUGUUAAUUUGGUGGAGAUUGAUCCUCUCUCCUCUCUUCCAAAACUGCAGUUCCUCAGUCUUCUAGACAACAACAUCACAAAGCGGCCCAAUUAUAGGCUGUAUGUAAUCUUCAAACUAAAAUCCCUUCGCGUUCUUGAUUUCAAGAAAGUGAAAGCGAAGGAGAGGGCAGAGGCAGAGAGCUUGUUUGCGUCGAAGGAAGUGGAAGAGGAAGCUAAAAAAGAAGUGGUUAAGCCUUUCACCCCUGCUGAUGCUCCUAUAGAUGUGGAUGUUGCAGGGGAACAACAGAGUGGCAAGGUGGUAGGACCCACACCGGAACAAAUCAUAGCUAUUAAGGCUGCCAUUGUGAAUUCGCAAACUCUUGAAGAGGUUGCCAGACUAGAGCAGGCACUGAGUACAGGGCAGCUUCCAGCAGAUUUGAAACUUUUCGAUGAAGUGCCCCAGUCAGGAGAAAAAGAAGAGGCAAUGGCCACCGAUGAGAUCCCUUCUGGACCUUCAGAUAUGGAACAGGAAUAGGUUGGUUAUUGGGCAGCUGAUCUAUGGCCUUUUUUAGCUACAAGGGUUUUACAUUACAAAACUUUAUUCAGCUCAGGAGAUCAUGUAACGAAUUCGAGUGUUGUUGAGAAAAGGCCUUUCUUUCUUCUCUUCAGUAUGGAGAAACUGACCCUCAUUUGUACAAAUUCUUUGUCUGUGGGGCUAUGUAUCACCAUGAAGAUUGCCUUCAGAAUCUAGCAAAAGAAACUUUGUUCCGACUUUUGCAGUUUGUAUAUUUGUCUGAUCUGGUGAGACAGUUCAAUUCGGGUGGGUGGGUAUUAGGCAUUUUUGUGCAGUUCAUAAUUAUCACCAUGGAAAUAGGUGUCAGAAAAUCCUGGAAAUAGAUUCGACGAGGGUGAAAGCUACUGGGUGGAUAGCGUCUCAUAGUAGGGGAAGCCUGCGGCGUCAUAAUGAGUCCUGAAGCCAGCAUGACUUUGUUCAUAUUUUUCGAUGAUUCGACAACCACAAAAGCUAUCCUUAAGUGAAAAAAAUCGGACGCGGUUGGGAGAUCAGAAGACAGAGACUCGAUUCAUGCGAUUUUCCGUCGGUCGCCUAUCGUUCUAAAGCUCCUCCUAUUGCUUGGCUGUAGAGAUAUUGUGAAGGCAAAUGGUCGAGCGAGAUAAGGAUUGAGGCAAGUUUCUGGGUUUUGUGUGCUUAUCUUCCGUCUGAUUCUCCAUCUAGAUUGGUUUGCAAUCGUGAUAUGAGCAGUUAUGUUAUACGAGGUGCGAAAUGGUACGAGAUUUGAUGAAACAAGAAGACCAACACAAAAAUCUCGUUGAUAAUUUAUUACCUGCAAAUAAAUUGCUCUGGAGCUGAAAUAAAUCAAUAAUGGUGAGAUUUGUUUUGUUAAGUAGAAGCGUAAUUAUUGUGAUUGGACUUAACAGAAACCGGCAAUCUAAUCCGACUCCCAAGGUAAAAGGCUCAAGGGACAGGAAAGACAUUUUCCUGCACACAGAAAAAAGUUAACGAUAGUAAGUAAACAAUAGUAAACAGU